GUGUGUUACCUGUCUYAUUCCUCUAACUGAACACACAUGCCAAAAGAGAGCGUGGACUCCUGGAAAUGGAAAACAGCACUGCUCCAAAUCCAACGGGGAAGCCCAUCAGCAUGGCGUCUGUGCGGCGUCGAGCCUGGGCCCAAAGCAGAGAGUCCCUGUUACAAGGAUCAAAACCUGAGCAUGGUGACCCCCCAAGUCCCCAGCAGAGCCAAAGUAACUGGGACACCCAGAGGAGRUCCGAAGAGCCAGGGCAAAAACCCAACCAAAUUGAAAACUGGCUGAUUGAUUGCAGCCAAUCAUCUUCAGUCCACCAACAACAAAACUGGACCUCGUUUUGAUCUGGUGGCAGAUCAGAAAAGAAAUCAGUAUAAAGAGAGAGGCAGAAGUAUGAACUCAACAGGAUCAGGGAAGAGCAGCACUGUGUCCAGUGUUUCAGAGUUACUGGACUUGUAUGAAGAGGACCCCGAGGAAAUCCUUUUAAAUCUGGGGUUUGGUCGAGAAGAGCCUGAUAUGUCUGCAAAGAUUCCCUCCCGCUUCUUCAACAACACCUCCUCAGCAAGAGGCAUUGAUAUCAAGGUUUACCUCGCUGCUCAGCUGCAGCGCAUGGAGCUGGAAAACCCCAACUACGCUCUUACAAGUCGUUUCCGUCAGAUUGAGGUYCUAACGACAGUUGCUAAUGAAUUCUUUGAGCUCUACAGUCAAGUCUCCGGACAGCCAGUUCAACGGAUCAGUACCAAGGAGCCAGGUCAAGGACGAGAAGAAGAUGUAGUUGGAAUGGAAGCGAAUGAGAAGGAUCCCUCUCUGAAGAGGAAUAACUCUGCUCUGAAUGUCGCCAAAUUUCUCAAGAAGUCCAUCAGCAAACACAACCUGCUCACUGCUGCCUCCGACUCACCUGAAGCUCAGUCGCCUCGUCAGCAGGAGCAGAUGAACGGCCAUGACACCCCUAAUAUCACACAGGCUGGUUCUGAACAGGACAGGGACUGGACUAAUUCUGACCACCAGGUGGAAACAGUUAGCCAAAAACUCAAUCGAAAGAAGGACCAUUGUCUUCUAGCCACGGUUGCUGAAGAAACCAGUGGAGGUGCAGAGACAGACCAGCUUACUUCCCACUGUCCUGAGCCGAGCAGCUCUGGACAGGAGUCUCUGCUAGAGUCCACCGACCUCCACUCAGCCAAUCAGAGAAAAGAAAUGGAGGAAGAAGGGGAGGAGCCUCAGGUGAUCAAAGAUGAAAAGAGCACCACCUCCACGCCUGACAAAGCUGCCUACACCAUGACUGCACACAAGCUCUCCCAUCUACGAGUGGAAAAUGCAGACUCCUUUGACAUGGAGGAGAUUCAAACUAAUGAAGACGAGGCUCAGCUACUCAGAACAUCCAGAACUGCAGACCUGUCGMGAACUGUCAGUCAGCAGUCAGACAGCAGUGGAUUUGCAGAGGAGCCCUCUGUUGAUUCCAGCAUCUACCUCAAGAUCCAGGAAAGUAGUGACAGUUGUGACAGCGAGACCACGGUCACUUCACAUCCUUCACAAGACGUGACCACUCCCCAUGCACUGGACCAACCAGCGUUUGAUUUGCCAGAUGGUCCAGAGGCAGAGGUAGGACCUGGUGGUGCUGCUGAGCCUAAUGGGACCUGUCAGUCCAGCGCAGGAGCAGCACAUGAAGGAAGAUCAGAGCAGGUUCCACAGUACGCACUUCAUUACCUCCUGAAGCACCAACCUGCAGGGGAAGAGAAGCAAGUCAAGGGUGAAGAUCAGACUGAUCUAGACACAGAAACACAUCCUUCGCAGAACAGGUCUGAUCAAGAACCACAACAAAAACUAGAACAUACCCAGAAUGAACCUGUUUUAGUGCAAGAAUCAUCUGAGGUAGCCRUGGAAAGUCUCUCAGAGGGAGCUGAGGAGAAAUCCCAUUUGGAGUCUUUGCCCACAGAUUCUGUUCCACUUGAUCCUCCUGUUCCAUCAUCUCCAGUUCUCCAUGCACUGAACAGAGCCAAAAGGAAUCAGCUGUGCCGAGUGCAUCAGCACAGCAGCAUCCAGUGCAGCGAUAUGGAUCACAUCCUGGUUGGAGGAAGAGGAGAAGGACGUGGUGUCGUUCCUAUGCAAAGGUCAUCUUCUCUGCCCUCCUCUCUCUUGUCCCCCUCCAGAGUUGUGUCCUCUAUCAAGAUCCAGUUUAGAAAAGGCCAAGCAUCCUGCACCCAACCCAAGUAUUCCUUUAAAUACACGAAGGAAACAGGAGAGGAUGCAGGAAAAGAGGAGGAGUGUGAAGAGGAAGAGGAGGAGCAAAGCAACUGUUUGUCUACUCUGAUCAUAAAUCCAGGCGUUAAAGAUGAAACUUUAUCUGCCAUGCCCCCUAAACCCAUCCCUGCCUACCUUCAGGGAUCGUCCUGUUCUCUGCAGAGUGUCAGCACUCCUCUGGAUCAGUCUCUGGGAGACCACGUCUACUCCUGGAGCACCCAGAGUGUUCCUGAUCUUCCAUGCAGUCAUCGUUCUCAGCCAAGCCCCUUCCAGCUGAACAUGAGUGCCAACCAAAGACAGAUGUUUCCUACUCACAGCCCUUCAACAGUGUUCUCUGACCCCAGCCCCUAUUCCAGUCCUGUUCCUAACUCCAGUCCUUACCCAUUUUCUGUGUACCCCUACGUUAGUCCUCCUUACCCUUACAACCGUUCAUUAAAUCACUACUCCAGUACGACCAGCCUCCACCAGCCUCUCACUUCCCCAGUACCCCCACACGGCAGCCUCCCCAACAUUCAUCAGAUCCCAGGUUCCACAGCUCAUCACUGCUUCGGUUUGGGCCACUUACAUUCUGGAACUCACCAGAUGCACCAUCAGGGCUACAAUCAUCCACAUGACCAUCAGUUCCCUUACCCCGCAUCUCCACACAGUUCCCAGUUUGCCUCACCUUACCACAUGAGGUGCAACAUGAACCCACAUCUUCAGCACCUGGGGUUCGGUCCUCCUGCUGGUCCAGGUUCAGGACCUGGAUAUUGCCCUUCCAGCACAGAGAUGCAGCUGAGAAGGGUUCUGCACGGAAUCAGGGGAACAGUUCAAAGUCUGGGUCAGAGUCAAGUCAGUACUCCGGAUAUGUUUGGUGAAAUCAAAGCAACUACAACCACCCAGCAG